GCCGUCCCCGUCCUCGCCGUCCCCUCCCGCUCCAUCCCCGCCGCCGCCGCCGCCGCCGCCGGGGCUCACGCUCGCCAGCGCCGUUAAGGACGAGGCCAACUCGGUCCAAGGGGGGCGGCCCGGGCCCGGCCGGCACCGCAGCACCAGCAGGAACCGGACGGUCUCCCCCAGCUCCGGCGUCGCCAUCUGCGCGCAGCGCUCCCGCUCCUCCCCGCUUAACCCGGGCCGGAGCUGGUAUCCCAUGAUCCGCGCUCUUCCCGGCGGCUGGAACGGCCGGAGCCUCCCAUCGGUGAUAGCCGGAGCCGGGAUGGGCCCCCCUCCUUGGAGACACCUUCGGGAUGCCUCUUCCCGGCGUUGGCGCAAGCGGGAUACCUCCGAUUCCAUGCGGGCUACACCGAAAGCUCGCACCCGUUGCCAGAAGGAGCGGUUGAUGUGGACGUAGAGAGCCCAAUCCAAGUCAUUCCAUAAGCGGAGGCGUUGGGAUUGAGCCGGGGAUAACUUGGGAACGUCCUCGGCGGCGCGGCCGUUGUGGAUGAAGGAGGUGAUGGCUUCCUCCGGCCAACACAGCGCCUCCCGCAGGAGAACCAUGGACUCAUCGAAGUGCUCGGCCACCAGGACCAUGGAGAAGGUUUGGUCCAAGGAGGGAAACCCCGCCCCGUCCCCGCCCCUCCGCGCACGCGCGGAGCCCGGGCCAAGAUGGCGGCAGCGGCAGCGGCAACGGCGGCGUCCGGAGCCGCUUCAUCCGCGGCCGGGAGCAACGGGGCCGGAGGGAUGGAGGUGGAUGGGGCAGCGGCGCCGCCGGUGAUGGCGGGGGGGGUCCCCGGCAGCGUGGCCGUGGCUCUGCACCCUCUGGUCAUCCUCAACAUCUCCGACCACUGGAUCCGCCUGCGCUCGCAGGAGGGGCGCCCGGGGCAAGUGAUCGGGGCGCUGAUCGGGCGGCAGGAGGGCCGCAGCAUCGAGGUGAUGAACUCCUUCGAGCUGCUCUCGCACCUCGUCGACGGCCACGUCCUCAUCGACAAGGAGUAUUAUUACACCAAGGAGGAGCAGUUCAAACAGGUCUUCAAGGAGCUGGAGUUCCUGGGCUGGUACACGACCGGGGGCCCCCCCGAGCCCUCAGACAUCCACGUCCACAAGCAGGUGUGUGAAAUCAUCGAGAGCCCCCUAUUCCUCAAGCUGAACCCUAUGACCAAGCACACGGAUCUGCCUGUCAGCGUGUUUGAGUCCGUCAUUGAUAUCAUCAAUGGGGAGGUAAUGGGGGGGGUAUAAAUGGGGUGGUGGGGG